AGUCUGCUCUGCAAGCAGCGAAAGGUGGAGAGAUUUUCACCUUCACACACUCUAACUGUCACACAUAUACACACACACAUACACACACGCGCUCUGCGAGAGAAACGGCACACAUCGAAACGUAACAGGACUAUGGACCUGAGCCUGCGAGACGCUCUGGGUGGAGGUGGAGGUGGGGUCCCAGGUGGGGCCCCUGCUGAGCCCCUGUUGAAGAGAGACUUUGUGGCCUCACUGGAGAAAGAGAGCUAUGAUGACAAGGUGGGAGAGACAGUCUCCAAGAGUGACUACCGACCCUUGCUGGAUGGAAAGGACACCAAGAGCGGUCCAGGAAUGAUGUCAUCAAUGAUGUCAUCAGGGGGACGCCAAGACCCACCAGGACAACCUGCCUUCAGCUCUGACUACCUGUCUGGUCCUAUGAUGGGUGGGAAGACAGAUCAAUGGAGCCUGAACAAGACAAAGGACAACAGCAUGCCUGACUCAUUUCUAGGCUUCUCUCAGUCUGGGAUGGGAGGAACUACUGGGUCCAGCCUGCCACCAUUCCAGACCAGCAUGAGCUCCACUGUGGGUCAGACUGGGGUGGGUUCAGCUAUGGACACCCAGAAGAAUUUGGGCAUGUUUGGUGUGGAAAACAAAACCACCAGCAACACCAGUGGAAGCAGUCCAUUUAAAACCAGUGAGGUGUUUUCUUCUGGUGGCCCGGAAAUCCACUCUAUGGAUCACUCUGCAGCUCCCGUCCUCUCUCCCAGUGGCUCAAUGGACGACAGCUCUCCCACGUCCUCCGCCUCCGAACCCCUCAGCCCUGAGAGAGUGGGGCCGGGGGGCGAGGCUGGCAAGCAACAGCAGAGACGGCGGAAGAAGAAGAGGAAGGGCCACGACCAGGUCUACGACUUCUUGGAUAGCCAGCAGAAUAACAUCGGCCAAUCAGACAAGCAAGGGAUGCAGGAUAAGGGCGGUCUGGAUGCGGAGGAGGACGAAGAUGAGGAGGAGAACUGGGAGUGGGAGAUCAGAGAGAGUGGAGGAGGGGGUAGAGUGAAAGGCAGGAAGACUAAGAGUCGGGCAAGACUUCCAGAGGAGUGGGGAGUGCCCCAGCAGCCCAUCUCUCCCACACAGGUCACAACUGCUAACUCUGGUCCCUCUGACUCCAAAGCUCCAGACUCCAACCCCAGCCCUGUCUUACCCUCUGCCCCUGCACAAAUUCCCACAAGUUUCAUCAAUAGUUCCCAUGCUAGCCUUGUAACAGAUUCAUCUCCACGCUCUUACGAGCCGAUGUGUGUAGAUGAUUUCCCUUUAUCUGCUAAAGAUGGUCAAAAAGCAAAUGAAGAGAAAGUUUCUACCAGCAAACCUGAAUCUAACAUAAGUGCAACGGCUGGUGUUGCCAACAAGAGUAGUUUAGCUGGGGAUGUUGAUGGUAGUCUAGCACUGAUGACAGGGGACAAUCUGAGCCCAGUCUCCCAGACCUUCUCCUUCCUGGAUUCAGUCCUUCAGACCCCUCCCGGCUCCACUCCCGACUCACAGACCACCACCCCUAUCACCAACACUCCCUCUCUUGCUACGGCUCCCCUGACUAGAUCUACCCCGACAGAAACUGUCACCCCUGUUUCACAACCCACUUCUGUUUUGAACCCCUCCCAGAGCACUCCAGGCCUUCCUCCUACUUCCACUUUGUCCACCAUCGCAUCACCCUUAGUUGCCACAUACACACGCCCACCAACAACUGCAGUUGGUUCAGCCCUCAACGCCGAUGCCAAGCCUUUCGUCCCCUCAGCCACGCUCAUAUCCUCCACAGCCACACCCAGUACGACUGCAGCCGCUCCUGGAACAGCAGCGUCCACCACCACCUUAGCCAAAACCCUUAGUUCCUCAGCUUCUCCCUGUAAGAACGAAGCCACUCCCACAUCAUCAUCAGACACCCCCCUGAAAAGUAUAGCCACGCCCCUUAGCCCAGCAACAGCCACCCCCCCUCCAUCCAUCACCCCCGCAGCCCCUCCUUCUCUCCCUGCACACUCAGAGCACCAGGAGUCCUCGUCGCCACAGCUCCCCCCACUGGAAGUGAAAUCUGACAACAAGGACAAGCAGGAGAAGACAGACAUCGUGUCCAGCAAGACAGACAAGUUGGACGCCUUUGACAAGAAAGAGAAAGAAGAACAGCAGAAGAAGGACAGUGGCCCAGACAAGAACCAGAAGUCUGAGAAGAUUCUCAAAGAUGAAGAAAAGAUGGAGAAGAACAACAAGGCCAUUGAGAAGGCAGAGAAGGCAGACAAGCCGGAGAAGACCAACAAAGAUGAGAAGAAAGAAGAGGAGAAGAAGCCAGCCGAGAAGAAGGACGAGAAGGGAGGGAAAGGGACAGCCAAGUCUCCCACAGGCAAUGGCAGCAAGACCCUGCCGAGCCCUGACAGCAAGAGCAAGCCUGACGUGGGUUCAGCUAAACCAAACUCAGCCAAAUCCCGCCCAUCCACCCUCUCCACCAAUGGCGAGGCCACCUCGGCCAAACGCCCCUCCCCCACCUCAGCCAAUAAAAAAAGCCCUGUACCCAAGGCGACCACACCCACUGCCGCCAAGCGGCCGCCAACAGCAACUGGCUCCACCAAGGCUGCCAAGACUGCAGAAAAUGAGAAACGCCCACCUGUGCCAAAGGCCACGCCCACACCCCGUGCGACUGCCAAUAAGAAUGGCUCCUCUGCGACUCCUGCAAGUAAACCUGCUGCAAACAAGAAUGACAAGUCCGAGAACAAGACAGGAGAGGCCAAGAAACCCAAAACUACAGCCCGUCCUCGCCCAGCCCCCACCACCACUCCUGCUGCCUCUACUAACGGUGAAAACACUCAUCGCCGCCGCGUCAUCACUAAACCCCCAGUGCCCAAGCAAACCCCAAUGGAGAAGAAGCCACCGGUGCCCCGCGCUCCUCGAACCCCCAGGCCCAUUAAUGCUCCGACACCUGACCUGAAGAACAUCCGCUCCAAGAUUGGAUCCAUUGACAACAUCAAGUACCAGCCUGGCGGAGGAAAGGUCUCCUCCACCCCGAACAACAAGGCAUCAGACCCCUCCACCCCUGCCGCCAAGGCCAGAGUUCAGAUAGUGCACAAAAAGCUGGACUUCAGCCAUGUCACGUCUCGCUGUGGCUCCAAGGACAAUAUCAAACAUGUCCCUGGAGGUGGCAAUGUGCAGAUCCUGAAUAAGAAGGUUGAUGUGAGCAAGGUGACGUCCAAAUGUGGCUCAAAGGACAACAUCAAACAUAAGCCAGGUGGAGGUGAUGUGAAAAUUGAGUCCCAUAAGCAAAACAUUAAAACUAAAUCUAAGAUUGGAUCCAUGGACAACGUUGGGCCAGGCAACGAACAGACCAACGGACACAAGGAGGAGAAAACAGAGGAGAAGUCUUCUUCACCCCCAACAGGACCAGCGGGUGUUGCUAAGGCAACAGCACCAGGAGGUGUUGCUAAGGAGAAUGGGGUGAAGGAGCCCACACCUACUCCUUUUGGGGGAGACGGACUGAGGGAGCCCCUUAGCAUAGACAAACGCAUCACUGAGACAAAUUGAGUCCCAGUGUCCUGUAGAUUUUGGUGGGACACGCAUGGCGCUCGCCGACCUGCCAAUCAACCGACCAACCAACCUACCACGGCGCAGUCACUUCCCUUUGGCCCCGCCCUUCAUCUCGCCCACCGCAGCACCGAACUGACCGAUCGCCUCUCAGUGUUUCUGGGGUCCGCCUGCCAGCUUCCUGCUACCAGCCCUGACCUUUGACCUCUCAACGGUUGACCUUUGACCCUGCCUACCACAGAGAAGAGCACUUGCUGUUUGUCUGUGUUUGUGUGUGGGAUUCCACCAGCUUCUCAACUCCUAAAACUCCCUUGUGAGCACUGAUUUAGAAGACUUCAAUGUCAGAUCCCAAAUUUAACGACACCAAUGCAAUAAAGCCACUACAGUAGCUAAUGCUGUAUGGAAGUAUACUGAGCAUUGCCAGUUUUAGAGUAUUUCCACUUAUGAAUAUAAUUACUGUUUUAACAUGCUUAGUGAACAAACACCCUUAGAGCUUAGUUUCUAAGUCUAAUCUAUGGUCCCUCCUGCUGGCUUUUACAAUCCAAAACCACUUUGAUCUUAAAACCAUGUUAGCAGACUUAUGCUAAUGCUAAUAUUUACCCCAUCUCCAUUCCCAGUCCAUGUCCACUUAGCCUCAGACCACACUCACCAGCUGAGGGACUGUUACCGGUCAGCAGCAGGGCAAAUACUGUCAGGUCUGCUUUAAAUCAACACAUUCCAGCCUCCCAGCCAGCCAGCAAUUAUUUCCAGAUUUACAGUAUCUACAGCACUGCACGUUGUCACAUUGUAGGUAAUUCUACAGCUCACUCAUCAAACAUUAUCUCCCAUUAUAUCUCUUGAUAUCAGUGCACCAGUGUCUCACCGAAAUUGAUUACAAUAAUGCCUCUCUUUAUCUCUGGAUUAUUGAUAUCAUGAUGCUCAUCGUUAGCAGUGAUCGGUGCAGAGGACAGGGGCUUACGUAGAGUAGACAGGAUACAAUUGGAGACGUUUGGAAAUAGAACUAAAGAAUAGAAAUAGAUCUGAAGAUAGAGAUUAAAACCAGUGCAGAAGCAUUCAGGAUGUCUGACAAUUCCUGUGCUAUGUUCAAGAAAAGAUGCAUUUAUUGACAGUACAGUUCAGACGAAUUUUAUUACAAUCGGGAACAUGUAAUGAUGUGAUCAAAGCAUGAUAAUCAUCAGGAAAGGUAGGCGUUAAGUGACGGGGGAGCUCUGUGGCUUCUCUGGGUAGCCUUGGCUUAAAAAGGUUUUGGCACUGAACACAGGCAUUUGAUCUUCAUGCCAAAUAAGUUCAUUUAACCUUGAAGAAGAGAUAGAAAUUUAAGAUGAAGGUGUAUUAACCCUUCAUGAUAAGUGUUAACCGUAGAGUUAAUCUGCUAGAUCCUGCACCUUUUAGUCAAGCAACAUGAAAGCAUAUAUUUCCUGUAGCACUUACCUUAUUGUGGACGGCGUCAUCCACCAUGUCAUGGGCUGCUGAUGAAAGACCCGGUCACGCCAGCGCUUGAAAUGGCAAGAUUUCACUGCAAAAUUCAUUUGUUGCAAUGAAAUGGCCAUAAUCAGUGAUUUCGCUCAUGCGGCAGAAGUAAAACCGUGAACAUUUUUCAAAUCACAAGUUCAAGUUAGUGAACUUUGACAUGCUGAUUUGCCAGGGGGGAGUAAACUGUACAUUACAGAGAAAAAGAGGAAAAUCAGGGAUCUGUUGUUACUGAAAAAGUUCUCUGCUUGUUAGAGUCUUAGCGGUUAGCUCACCAGCUAGAUUCAUUUACCAACUAGCCGACUAGUUCCUGCGUCACCAAGGCUACAUUCAGACUGCUCAGAUUUGUUUCUCAAAUCAGAUCUUUAAGACAGACUGUCCGCACUGUUAUUUGCAAGUACUCAGAUCGGAUUUGUGUGUCCAGACAUCACCAACCUAGCUGCAUGGGUUGCUGUGGUAACAACGUAGGUGUCAGUAACGUAGCUACGCUGGUGACGCGGCUUUUCAGCACAGAAGUGUGAGAAACAAGGUAUCAGCAUGGAUCUGCUCAGCACCUCAAGAUUUGAGGUCGUCAUUGUGUGUUGUGUUCAAGGACACUUAGAGUGGCCAGAGCAUCUGGACUAAGAUGCAGCAGUAGAAAUCUGACUGGAAUUUAAACCACCUCCUAAUGUGGGUUGGUCAUGGGUUUUUUUGUUGUCUAGUCUUCCUAAAGUUGUUCUGGAUAUACCAAAAACACAGUUUGGGCUAUCAGUCUGAACAAGGCCCAAGCUGCUGAAACCACAUAAUUUGGAAAAAAGCACAAAUAAAUUCCACCAUGCCACUUUCUGGCGUGACCGGGCCGUAAUUCACCACAACACAAUAUUUUUUAUUCUUCUUGUGGAUUCCUAUUAGCUUCCACAAAGUGGCUGCUGGUCUUCCUGCAACCCAAUACCUUUAUGGUAUAACAUCAGGGUAUACACAGGUCUCUAGAUUAUAUUGCCCACCUCUGGGGAUAAUGAGUGUUAAAGCACUACUUAACUGUUCAUAUCCUGCUUAUGAAGCUGAACCUUUGACACUUAUUUGAUCAGUUGUGGUCACGCGGUCUAACACAACCCCACAAACUACUCUGGGUGUUUCAGGACUGCAGCCCUCAGUGUAAGACUUACAGACCCUUAACCUUUAUCUUUAAAUAAGCUCAGUUUACUUUAGUCUUCUCAAUAAGGCUUGUUUCUAAACAUCACAUGCAACCCUGUUCUCCUGCACUAGAACUCAUUGGUUCCCAUACAGUCUGAUUGCUUGACCCCAGACCUCCCAUACAUUCUUUAGUCCCAGUCAUACACAUAUAGACUCUCCUGUUAGAGACCCCAGCAGUCACCCUGAGCUGUGUCUGAUGUAUACAGUUCACAUAUGGCUAUUAAAGACAGACAAACAGACAGACAGCGCCUUCUUACUCUCGCGCAUGUGGUACUUCCUGGUCAUGUGGUUCACCCCAGUGGAGAGGGGGUGGGGCUGCAGAGCCACGCCCUCUUUUAAGUCCUCCCACUAGCCGGUGCGUCUUAGAAUCCUCUCUGUGAGACCUGCUAACUUUCUUCGCACACUUACACACAAGCACAGAUAUACACAGGAAAGCACACACAUGCUUGUUGGUGUGCAUGCAUACACACACACACACACACACACACACACAAACAGAAAUCACAUAUACAUACAAUAUAAUACACACAAACACAAAUAAGCACCCUAAAAUAAAUACAGUAUGCUGUUCAUAGAGGCAUUUGUUUGUUAAUGAAACCAACUCUUUAUUGUACUUUGGUGGUCUAUGCUGAUAUUGUUAAAACAAUGAUGAGCUGUGUCGGUGUGUUGUUCCUAUCAUAGUCAUUGUCUGACAUUUUCAUCAUAGGCUCACCUCACCCCAGCCUCCUCCUUGUCUGUUUCCUCGUCCCGUGUUUCGCUCCAACUCUCUGACAGCAAUACAGUGAUCUUAGUUGGGAACGCCUCCUGUUACCCGCCGAUACACAUGACACGAGAUGGAGAGCGACUGCAGAAGUUAGUAACGUGUAGUUAGACGUAGGUAAGACGUGUCAAUUAAAGGGAAUAAUGUUACAUUCAUGGCAAGUAUUGAAGUUGGCGUUUUCUUUGCAACCUUUUAGUAACUGAUUUAUUUACGACACUGUCUCGUAGAUUGAAACUACUAAGAGCUACAGUACUACCAAACCAUUUGAGGUUUCUAGUUACCUAGUGUCUCUGGCAUAUAUUUUACUCAACAUCUGUAGUGUAAAUAGAUGAAAGUAAUUGUUUUUUUUCUUUUUUGACAUUUUUGUUGAGCAAUUUGUCUUUUGUGUGUGUGUGUGUGCGUGUGCGUGUGUAGGAUAUCACUGAAUAAAGAAAACAUUAAAACUCUCAAAGUUUAAAAAAAAAAAUCUUUUUUUUCUACACUGGACAGCAGGAACUGCCCAGCUCCAAAAUGCCAUGAAUGCAGCAGUAUUUCAGCAAGGCAGAACCAAGAACGGCCUGCAAUUACUGUAGCUGGGACCAUCCAGUGGUGUUUGAAGUUGUGAACAAAUCUGUACUUGUAUAGUAGAGAUCCAUAUUUGACAUUGUGAAUUUUUUUUUUUUUUUCAUUAAAAUGGUGGUAUCACAUUCAGAUAGAAAGAAAAUCUGAUCAAUUUUGAUUAGAAAUUUGUCAAAAGUAAAGGGAACAUUCGUUUUCUCAGUUUCCACAAUUGUUAAAUGUCUUAAACGGUCUAGUUUGGACUUAAAUCUUUUUUUUAAUUUGUUUGUAGUAAUUUAGGAAAUCAACUAAAUUUUAGAUUCACUUUAAAAAACACUGUGAUGUGACUUUGAUUUACAGACCUAAAGCAUUGUUAUGUGUCCCACCUGAAAAAAAAUGAGUAGAAACAGUCGUCUUAAUGGAGAAGGCCCUAUCUACUCACUGUAAUUCUAUGCAUUGUGCAUUAUAGGCUGGGAUGGUCUUCGCUCAAACUUUGAAGGCUUAGUGACUUGUUUGUGGGCUGUUGCCGUAGUUGUCAGAUGUGUGAAGUGUUACUACUGCCUCCAUCCUGUAGAGAGUGCUGCUUAGCCUCGAGAACACUGAUAGUCUGGCUCUGAGACUUAACAAAGGCUGACUGAGAAACCUUACAUCACCAUUAGAGACCAUUACACCAUUAGAGAAACUUCAGUCAACUUAGAUACUGUUCUCAUUUAAACUAGUUUUGAUGGCCACGCUAUAUUAUUGUAUCUGGAACACUAAAUACUAUCAAAGUCAUAUUAAUUCUGUACAGUUCCCCUUAAAACUCCAAAGUCUCGUGCACUUUGAACACAGUCUUGUUCUUUUCUUGAUGCACUGAAGUGAUAUAAAAGUUGCUUUACUGUAUAUUGGUAAAACAUUGUCAGCUGUGUACUGUACAUGUGUGCUUUCGGGAGCAAAACAGUCUUGGUAGUUAGAUGAAGUUAUGAUAUUCAAAGAGCAAGUGGUCAAAUAGUCAACAAUGAAGACUAGGCAACUAAAAGCACCAUAUAAGCAUAUUUAAUAUUGUACCGUUCUUUCCAAAUCAUUCCCAUGAGUUGCCUAAAAGUGAAACAUGAUACAUGACUUGUGUGUGGAUCAUAUGUGAUAACGACAAUGUGAAUCUUUCUUCAGGAAUAGAAGAACAAAGGGAUGAAAGCACUUUGAUAGGUAUAGACAGUGGUUUGUGGAUAUAACAGAGGAAGAAGUUGUAGUCUUGUGUGUUGGAAGCUCAGUGUAAGAGUGUGUUACGGGAUGAUCUUAUGUUGUGUAUUUCGAUCAACACAUCGGUGCCCCUUUAUCUUGGUCAGCUUAGUGGGUUUUAGUGGACCUUUGGUCAUCAGUGUUGUGCUAUUGGCUAUGAUGGUUUAACACUCGACUCUCCAGUCUGCCCUCAUGUUGUUCCUGUCAGCAUUCACUGGUUAUUACUUUCUGACCAAGCUACAAAAACAUGUCUCCCCAGUGGGCAGGUGUCAGUUUACAGCCAGUUAUAGAAGCCUGACUGUAUUUGAUAUGUUUUAAGAGGACUAGCAUCAAAGCUUGCCCUGGUAGAACGUUAAGUCAUGAAUAGAUUUGACACCAUUAGCAUGCAACAUGUUAAGUAAUAAUAAAUGAUUAUCAUUAUCAGUAGUGUAGUGGUAGUCGGUGAGGUGGGUGUAUGAGUAGGUAGAUAGGUAGGUCACUGAGGAGGAAGUGGGUAUACUGUCCUAUAUAUUCCAAUGGCUGUACUGUAUGGCUAGUAGAUGGGUAUACUGUAAACAGCCAGAGAGUAUACCCCCCACUACACCACUGGUCAGUAUCCUAAAACAGUGUAAAUGAGAACUUGCAGCAGUUGCAGCACUCUAUGGUUAGUUAUUUUAAACAGAAGCACUCAGACCUGAUAAAUUAUCCCGUCGCCUGUAAAACAGACAGUAGGGUUUGAUCAGAAUGCUGCACUUUACACAGGAAGUGAGUGGCAUCAGCCAGACAGCCAGAAAUGACAGUAGAUAAUGAUAAAGAUUGUAAUUUUGUUUUACACUUAUGAAUCUACAGGCCAUAAAGUUAAAAAAAAAUCUAAGACAAUAUCUAGCUUCAUAUCACGAUAUCGAUAUAAGAUCGAUAUAUUGCCGAGCCCAAAAUCAUAGUGAAUUUUAAAAAAAAACACAACUUCCAACUUAUGAUACAGAAGUUUUCACACUUUGUAGAUCAGUGUUUCUCCAUUUAGAAAUUCUAUUAUUCUUUUUCCUUGUAUAUAGUUCCAUGACGCUUACUUCACAUAUGGCUAUGUAAUUAUAUCUGAAGUAUUUUGGAAAGGCAUUUGUGCCUUUAUUAGAUACAGUACAUAGACAGGAGAGAGUAAAUGACAUAGGGGAUGUCAUGUGGGCAUGGUCAGCUCUUGAAACUGAAGCAAGAUAAUGGUGAAUCUUUAGUUUCUGUGUUGGAAGCUAUAUUGUGACUUUACAUUAGAAUCUGGUCAAUUUUGGACAGUAUUAGCUUAAAGCAGAUCCGUCAUUUGGUGUCAGUGCAUUGGUCAGCUCAAAAGUAACAACAAAUAGCUUUGCAUAAAUGACAAAGAUGCCUUUUAGGUCUUUAGUAGCAGUGAUGGCAUUAUGUAGAUUAUUAUUAUUUUUCAACUCUAAUAUGUCCUGCUGAGUGCAAAUCUUGGCCACAAUGACCCAAAGGAUCUUUAUAAAAAAAAAAAGAAGUUUGUUAUGUAUUUAUCUACAAAAAAUGAAUACCAGUCUACUACAUCUUAAAAACAUUUUUAAAAAUCAAUAUUGGCCUUGCCUCCAAAGUCUAGUAUGAACCAGGCUAAACUUUACCUACUGUAUGCUAUAGUGAUAGCACAUGACGUUUCCAAAAGAGGUAAUUAGAUAUUCAGUAAGAAGAGCAAUGGGCCACUUUAUCCCUUUAAAGGUGCAGUAUGUGAUUCUAGAGAAAAAUUGCUGAUUGCUGAGUCUCAUUCAAAGCUGUCAAGCGCAAUUUGGUUUGGUAGUUUAGUCCGACUACCAACACAAAGUGUUGGUAUUUGAUGACCUGGAAAUGAGACUCAACAAUCAACUAACUUUCCCCAGAGUCGCAUACUGCACCUUUAAGUUAAUGUUUAAUAUAAUUUUAGAGGAUAUGAUUAGGUUUAAGUCUAGAUGUAUGCUUUUACUGCUCAGUGGUAACCAGUAUGGUUAUUUGUGAAAUACAGUUAACGUUGCCACCUUGCAGCUUGGACAAAAGGUAAUAACCAGAUUCACUCUGAUGUCCUUUCACAACUGUUUGAAUCCCCAGUUACAGCGCUUGAACACCUCCCUUCCACUAGUAUCUCACACUGUCCCUUGUAUAUAGUUUCCACCUUGUUUUUAUCACUCCAGAAGUAACUCAAAUAAAUUAAAUCAAACAAAAAAAGAAAGAAAAAAAAUCGUACUUCUUAACAGGGUGUUGUGGAUGUUGACAGAUAAGCUUUCACGUUCAUAAACCUGUUAGGUUAAUAAUGGUAUUAUUAUAAGAUUGAAAGCAUAAGAAAGGAAAAGUGUACUUUUUCCUUUUUUCAGAGUCUGCCUUUUUUUCCGCCAAGAAAAGGGCUGCUGAAGUUUCAAGAAUGUUUUUAAAAUGUAUUAAAGAUGCAAGAUUAUGAAUACAUGUAUGAGGUUUGUCUCUGUUCUGUUUUGGAAGAUAGAUCACAUAUGGAAACACUACUUACUGGAUUCAAAUUGACAGGCAGGAAGGGAGGCAGUGUGUGUCGUGUUUGGUAUGGUCAGAUAUACAGUAUGACUUCAUUACAGACAGAAAACCCGGAAUCACAGAAAACAAAAUAACACACUUCAGGAUUGGUUGGCCAACUUUGGUUGAUUAAAACAGAAAGACUCAAUUUAAUUGAUUUCCACUUUGGUUUGAAAUGCACUACUGUACAUGUAACACCUGACACACACUGCUCAGCCCUUUCUCUCGCCUAUCGUCACCUCCCCUCCUGUUAGAUUAACCAGACUUAGUCUUUUGGCAUGUGUUAGAAUGUAAUGUUGUAUUAGACAGCUCCUACUUAGACACCUUGACAUACCUACCAACACAGGACUGAAUUAAAGGAUGUCUUGAACCAAGUUAUCUUCUCAGUUUGAAUAACAAAGGCUGAAGAUAAAAGACAAUUUCAGACAAAUUUGCACAAUUAAAAAGUGCAGGAUAAAUCGAUGAAUACUGAGCUCAAACAUACAGCAGGUUUGAAUUUGAACUGUCCUAAGAGAGACGGCUAAUUGCCUGAAAUGUAAUUGGGAAAAAGGUUACCAAGAAUAAAAGGGAGUGUUGGUAGAUAUGCACCUGGAGCCCCUAGCUGUGUCUCCCACCUACAGAGGCUUGUCAGCAUCACAGCACUGAAAAGUAGCUUUCUCUACUUGUGUCCUCUACCACAUAAACAGCAUCUACCUGAUGGUGGUGCAGUAAAAUCAAUAUUCCUACAGUUUAUUUAUCAAGGAGAGCACAAAACUAGAACUCUGUAUCACUUUGUAGACGAUAAAUGUUGUAUUGAUCUUAUUAGUCAGGCUUUGUUAUUAAUAGGUUAUUAAUCAAUAUCAAAAAUAAGCAGAUUAAAAAACAGACAAAGAGUCUACUUUUCAGUACCGUGUAGUGGAUCCACUGUAGUGUGUGCUGUAUUAUUCUGUAGGGCACAACACCAUAGCAAGAGCAUGCAGAAGACAACAAACAAACUGCUGGUUAUUAGAGGCAUCUGUCCUAUUAGAUAGAGCUCAUCUCCCCCCUUCAAUUCUGAAUAUUUGGUAUGAAAGAGAUGUUCAUUGUGAUUCAUUGUUAACCAGUGAUGUGAAUAUUAAUCAUGAAAUAAAAAGGUGAGCAAAA